AUGAUCGCGCUCAGCGGCAACAUUCUCGUAUGUGCGGCCGUUUUCUUCGACAGAAAACUGCGUCGACAGCCGGAGAAUCUGUUUUUAGUGUCAUUGGCGGUAUCGGAUCUACUGGUGUCUAUUAUGGUAGGUUUCAGAAUUUCUGCUUGUUUCUUUAGUGCUGGUAAAGUAGGGUAGGGUAAUGUAAGGUAGGGCAGGAUAGGGAAAGGUAAAGUAGGAGAAGGACCUUAAAAAAGGCAAAUUAAAACUUAAACUUUCAGGUAAUGAUAUUCGCAGCAGCCAACGACAUCCUCGGCUACUGGCCCUUCGGCGAGAUGUACUGCGAGUUUUGGAUCUGUUUUGACAUUACUUGUUGUACGGCCUCAAUUCUCAAUUUGUGUGCCAUCGCCUUCGACCGGUACUGUCAUAUCAGCCGUCCGAUGAAAUAUGCUCGAUAUUCGAGUAAACGUUUGAUCAUCGCCGCCAUAGUCGUAGUUUGGGUACUAUCAUCGCUGAUUGGUGCUGCACAAAUCAUCUUUGGUGCGGCCAGUGAAAGCGAGCUUGAACAGCACAAUCAUCGGCCAAGACAUGUGGGUUUCGGCCAAGAUAAUCAUCAUAAACUGUGAGUUUAGGCGUUUUUUCGAUUUUUUGAAAAGAAAAAAACUUUUAGUUUUUUAGGUAAUAAGUAUCAUUUUUAGCUUGCGAGUAGCCUACAACCAGUAAAAAAAUCAUUUUUUAAUUUUAAAAUUAAAAAAAAAUUAAAUUUCAAUAAAAAAUUUUUUGAAAUUUCAAUUUUCAGACCAGCCUGCCAGCUGCGACUCUCCCCCCUGUACGCAAUAGUCUCAUCCACCCUCAGCUUCUUCCUCCCUGCCACCAUCAUGGUCGUGUUGUACGCCAAACUGUAUCUGUACGCGCGAAUGCACGUGCGCAGCAUUCGCUCCCAGCUGAAACAGGCAACCUCAUUAUUGAUUAUGCAGUUAGCUAGUGAACACAUUCGCCAAGUUGUUGUAAGCUCUUUCGUUUUUCCAGACACUAUCCCCCUAUGUUCCCUUGAGUUUACGUUUAGUUUGCUGAUAACAUAGAACAUUUUUUUGGGUAGAAAAGAUUUUUUUUUUCAUAGAGAAAGGGGGUGGUAACCUUACUUUUUUUUCAAAAAAUAUAUUUUUUAUGCUUUCUAGGUAAGGGGGUACAAUAUGGAAAAAAAAUUUUUGAGAUUUUUGACCAUGGUCCUCCCCGUUAAUUUCGCAAAAGUGCCAUAGCCUCCAAGAAAAAAAAUUUCUUUUGACCUUCUGCGAAAACCAUUUGCCUAGCACUACCUAUAACAAUAUAGCCCUACUUGUUUCAUAAGCCACAUACUAUAAAAAGUAUAGAUCAAAGCAGAUCGACCUCCUCCAAACUCCCCAACUCACCUUCUCCUACUGUUACUUCUUUGCUUCUUAACCCCUCAAAAUUCAAUUUUUUUAAAAAUAAUAAUGUUUUGUCGUUGUCAGUGGCGCAGCCAUACCUUACUUUGGCGGGUCUCCUCUUUUCUGCAUCAGGAAAGGGUAAGUCCCCGUGAACUCGAUGUGGUAAUCAGCCUUGUUGUGACUUGGCCAUUUUUGUGCUUUGCUGUCCAAAUUACCCCCCGAAAGGCACACCACUAAUAUGCAAACCGUUUUUGCGUGAAAUUCUUGUUUUUCGACCGUUUUUGGUUUGGGUGAAGCAAUUUUCGACCGUUUUUGGAUUGGUCGAAAUUGUUUUUGCCAUUUUUUUUCAAUUUUUGGUUUUGCCACUGAUAAUGACCACUAAUCCUUACAGUUUUUGAAAUUAACCAUGACAUACCACCUGAGCAAAACAUCAUCCAGUUUUUAAAAUUAUACCAACCACUUUUUUAAAAUUAUGAUACAGAACAAACUAUAGUACCAUAAGUUUUAUAUACCACUUCAUUUUGAACCAUAAUUAAGAUAUGUCACAAAACUCAUACCUAUUCAACUAUCGCCUGUACCGCCAGCUAUCUGUGAGCCAUAGUAUCUAUAUGAACGUAGGCAGAGUGCGUGCGGUCGCCCGUUUUGCAGUUGAUUCUAUAGUGCAGUAUGAUAAUAUCUUCAAGUUUUUGCUUUUUUUUGAUAGUGUACCAGUAAAAAGAGUUCUAAAAGUUUACUAAUUUAACAUACAAAUUGAAAAAUAUUACUUUACUGCGUUAGAACAGUAAUUUAAAAUCAAUAUUUUGUAGUUUAAAAAUUUUAAAAACUCAAAAACUAACGUCAAACUACCACUAAAUACUUACCCAUACUGCACUGACGCUUCACAAUAGUACCAGUAGUACCAUUAACCCAUGCUUUUUCUAUCUCUAUCGCCAACAUUAACCCAAUAGUGUGAAUUUUGACGCUAGCCUGUUUUAACCCAAGUGUGACCGCAACAAUCGCCUUCAACCACCUAUGAUAUUUUUUAGGCAACACACGCCGCAUUAGAAUAUCAAGAUGUGGGUUGUAACAACAAUUCGGCAAAUGGGUCGCCGAACAACAACCCAUCAUCACCACCACAAAAUGGUACUACGUCUACGACGACCAGCCCUCAAGUGGUACAACCAAAGUAUCAAAUGACGGCUGGACAACAGUAUCCCGGGCAGAAUGUUGAGACUACUAUUGUGAGUUUAUAGUACAUAAUGGCGUUAGAAAUUACAUUUUUGACUAAAUCAAGGCAUUUUGGUUCUACUGUUUUAAAAAAAUUUCAAAAAAUAUUUAUUUUUCAAUAAAUGUUUUACCUUUUUUUAGUUCCCAGACAUACCAGAAGGCUGUAAAAGGCCGCACCAGCCCAAAAAUCAGUCCGCUUCUGAUCAAAAAGCACGGUAAGUAUACAAAAAAGUAACUUUUUGCCUUUUCUAAUUAAUUUUUUGUGAAAAAAGGUCCUUUAUUACCUUCUAAACGUGCCACACCAACCCCCAAAUCAACUAAACCAAGCAAACUGUAAUUUAUUUCCUUGCCACCCACUUUCCCUACCUUAAUAUCACCAUAACAAAACAAAAGAUACGAUAAUAAACCAUAACAUAAGACUUUUAAGUUUUCAUAUUUUCAGGGUGACAUUAGGCAUUAUAAUGGGCACGUUUCUACUGUGCUGGCUACCGUUCUUCGUUGUCAAUAUUUGGCGUUCACUUUUCCCAACGUUCUUUCCCACUAUAGUGUUUCAGGUAGGUGUUUUGUGUUGUUCAACUUAUUGUUUUACAUUAUCUUAACUAUAGCUACCCAAAGCGUAUUUUACAAAUCUCUUUAACUCACGGUAGGAAUUAAAAUAAUUUGAAAAAAGAAAGAAAAGUUAAAAAAAUUUCUCAGACCAACGUUUAAACUAUAAAAUAGCACACACAGCCUUAUUCAAAACCCCACCUUCUUCAGGUUGUGACAUGGCUUGGCUACGCCAACUCCACCGCCAACCCCAUCAUCUACGGUAUUUUCAACCGCGACUUCCGGCGCGCCUUCAAACGCAUCGUUGUCAAGAUUCUGUAUUGCUACGACGAUACGCGGAAACCCUCCCACUUCUUUGGCAACUCUCACGCCGAGCAAACGCUUCCGUUACAUCGCUUCUCCAACUGA